UUGACAGACGAGGAAGCCAAACACUUUGUGGAACAUGGCUGGCUUCGCGUCGAAAACGCCAUCGAUCCAGAUGUUAUAGAUCGGUGGAUGAAGGAUCUUUGGGUCCGUUGCGGGUAUGAUGCUGGCGAUAAAUCCACAUGGAUACAGGGAUACCUUCACCUGCCCUUCCAUCGGCAACUUCGUUACGAGCAUUUCGCGCCGAAGGCUUUUGACAAGAUCACAGACAUUAUCGGUGGUGUUGAUGCUUGGGAUGAUGAGCGGGAACGCUGGGUGGGGGACAACUUUGUUGUCAACUUUGGUUCCGAGUCCAGGUCCCGAGAGUUAGACAACGUCAAAUCGCCCAACAAGAAGGGAGGCUGGCAUUGCGACAAUGACUGGUUCCGACAAUUCCUUGACUCCUCGGGAACGACAUUGACCGUCAUCAACUGCUUCACGGAUGUUCCAGCAGGAGGUGGAGGUACUCUAUUAUGCGAGGAUGGCUUACGCGAGGUUUGCAAGCGACUUUACGACCACCCUGAAGGUCUCGACCCAGCUUUAACCGCUGAUGAUCUGACCAUCGGCGCGCGCGAGUGCGAGAUAUUUCAGACUGUCGAGGCGAAGAAGGGCGACGUCUUCAUCCUUCACGGUCUCGUUCCGCACACAGCGAACUACAACUAUCACCACUAUGCUCGUGUC